AUGUCACUUGUAUGAAUUAACGACAAUUUCUUCACAUUGAAAAGGAAUGUGAAGUCAGCCCACAAGGAUCGGCUCAAGAGCGAGGAAAGGAUCCGGGAACUGACCGAUGAGAAAGCCCUGCUGCUUAAGAGUAAGAACAAGCAGAUUAAUGAGCUGACCGAUAAGUUAUAAAUCAGCGAGAUUUGGAAAUCAGGAAUCUUAAGCAAGUAAUUGAAGGCCUCAAAGACGAGAUGGCCCAGAACAAGGAAGUCUAUUUGAAAUAAGAUAGAACAACAGAAUGAGGUUAUAUCUGACACUGAGUUCAGAAUGAAAUAAGCUCGAACUUGAUACCAAAAUCGAACACGACACCACAGACUUUGAGAAAAUGGUCAAUGAACAGUUCAACUUUAAAGAUACUGUGGAAUCUAUCUCCUUCCCAAUGAGACCUGAUCGAACCAGAUAUGAAGUAAAGGAAGGAAGUAAGGAGAGUAAGAAGGAGAAGAUUCUCAGAUCUCCCCAUAUCAUUUCAACGCUAACUCGUGUUGGGUUAACCCACAGCGAUCUUGAGUUAGAGAUUCUACAACAGGAUGAAGUUCUAGAUUUCUUCUUGGAAUUGGCAAAUACGACUAGGGAAAUCAUGAAUGACAGAAAGAUUCCAAAGAGAGUUUGAUAUCAAUGCUCUGUUUUGAAGAAAAAGAUGUCAAAGCUCAUAAAUAUCCUUUCAAAACCUUCAAGUGAAAUGAAUGCAUUAAGAGAAUUAAUUUCAUAGUCAAUUUUGAAGGAGAAAAA